AUAAAUUGGCGCUUUAUUCCUGUGCAAUGUCAGUGCGCAUACGUAUUUCCAACGGGGAGGUUUAAUUUGUCAGCAUAAUCAAAUAUUAGCAAUCGGUUCCAUGUUAUUCAAAAUGAGGCUACUCAUUUUGAUAUGCUCCAUAUGGGCCUUAGCCUAUGGAAAACCAGAAAUGUACAAAGAAAAAGAGGAUUUUCAAUUUUCUAGAAGCUCAUCGGACGACGGAAGCAAAUCAGGCUAUUAUGGCGCUCAAAGAGGUAAUAUGGGAGGAAAUUAUGAAAAAGCUCACAAUAUGGACUCAUUAGCACAGCAUCAAAUGAGCACACUUGUGAGACAAGUCGAUGGCGAAUUGGGGGAAGGGGCAAACACAAGGACUGGUAGCGUAUUCACUUCUGGAAAUUCUAGAGGUUUGUAUGGAUCCGGAAAUUACGAUCUUACUAACCUUCACGGUAGAAACUUUGAUGAGGGUGUCUCGUUUGGCGAUUCGCAAUCACACUCAUCGCUUUCAUCCCAACAUUCGGGAUAUACUGGUAGCUCAUACUCGGCGGCUAACAAUGCGAGAUACAGCGCUAACCAAUUGAGGGCUUCAGGCCUUAGCUCCACUUACCGCCAAGCAGGACUCGCUUCGAAUUACGGACAAUUUGACAAUCAACAAGCAGAAAGUCAAUAUAGCGGAGCUAGUAAUUACGAACGCGGUAGUCAGGCUGCAAGCAACUACAAAUAUUAUUCUCAUGGUGGAAGUCAAGCACGAAGUGAAUACGAUCAAAGUAGCACCAACUUGAACAGUUUCAGCAACAGUGACGAUAGCUCUAAAAGUAGACUAAUAACAACACCUGUGAGAGUCUACGUGAGACCUGGAACCAGGGUAGCGAUACCAGUCGCGGCUCAAACUUACGACGCUUCACAAAGUUCAUCGUUGCAUGAUCUUAAUGCGGUCAACACAGAAGCUGAUUUAUUAAGUAUCAGCGGACAGCGAGUUAAUACAAUUAAACCAAAACAUUACGAAUCUUCUUAUAGUUAUCGUAAGGAAUGGGAAAAACAUGACGUACAACCAGUUACAGUGAUGCCUACGGAAAACCCAUUCCCAAAAAAUAGUGAACUUUAUGAGGAUACGCAAUUAUCUCAAGCUGCUGGGCAACGGUAUCAAAGUGUAUUAGAUUCCUCUAAUCUUCAUUCAAGUGCCAGUAAUACUGCUUACGCAAGAGACGUUAAUAGUGGUUAUGCGAAUGGGUAUACUGCUAAUACUAAAUCGGCAGCCGCUAAUCGAUUACAGUAUCAAUCUCAACAACAGAGUUCUGGAAUUAGCGCGAAUUCAAAUCUAUAUGCACUUGAUACGCAAAACUCUGGCGUAGCGGCAAAUUCGAAUAAUCUAGUAGAAAACACAAAUUCCCGUCCAAAAAGUUACCAUUCGUCAUAUUCAUAUCAUAAGUCAUGGGAAAGGCGUGGUGAUCCCUAUGUCAUUAAGCCAGUUGGAGGUGAUUUAAAUGGACAAGCAUCACAAAGACUUUUAGCGGCGGCCGCAGAUCAAAAUUUGUAUUCUUCAGGUCUCUACGGAAAUCAGUACAGUCAAACUAAAACCAGUUGUGACGAGUUGUGCCAUUUACGAAAGAGACGAUCUUAUGACAUAGAUUGGGCAAAUUUUGAUACCUUAGGUCAGCAGACACAAAAUAAAUGGGAUGACUUGGACAGUCUGGGCCAACAAACUCAAAAUCAAUGGGGUAAUUUAGAAGACUUAGGGCAACAAACACAAAAUAAAUGGGAUAAUUUAGAAAGUUUAAACCAACAUCCACAAAGCGGCUUUGAAGAACUAAGUCAACAACCUCAAAGCCAACUAAGUGAAUUAGAAGAUUUAGGCCAACAAACACAAAAUAUAGAUAAUUUAGAAAGUUUUAAUCAACAUCCACAAAGCGGCUUUGAAGAACUAAGUCAACAACCUCAAAGCCAACUAAGUGAAUUAGAAGAUUUAGGCCAACAAACACAAAAUAUAGAUAAUUUAGAAAGUUUUAAUCAACAUCCUCAGAGUGGUUUUGAAGUAUUAAGUCAAAAGCCUAUUAACCAACUAGGCGACUUAGCCGAUUUAGGCCAACAGACACAAAGUAAAUGGGAUAAUUUAGAAAGUUUAAGCCAACACCCACAGAGUGGUUUUAAAGAAUUAAGUCAACAGCCUCAAAAUCAAUUUGGAAACUUAGAAGAUUUAGGCCAACAAACACAAAAUAUAGAUAAUUUAGAAAGUUUUAAUCAACAUCCUCAGAGUGGUUUUGAAGUAUUAAGUCAAAAGCCUAUUAACCAACUAGGCGACUUAGCCGAUUUAGGCCAACAGACACAAAGUAAAUGGGAUAAUUUAGAAAGUUUAAGCCAACACCCUCAGAGUGGUUUUAAAGAAUUAAGUCAACAGCCUCAAAAUCAAUUUGGAAACUUAGAAGAUUUAGGCCAACAAACACAAACUAAAUGGGAUAAUUUAGAAAGCUUAAACCAACAUCCUCAGAGUGGCUUUGAAGAAUUAAGCCAACAGCCUCAAAAUCAACUUGGAAACUCAGAAGAUUUAGGCCAACAAACACAAACUAAAUGGGAUAAUUUAGAAAGUUUGAACCAACAUCAAUCUCAAAGUGGUUUUGAAGAAUUACCACAACAAACUCAAAGCCAAAGCGAUCAUUUUAAAGAAUUAGGUCAACAGAUACAAAACACAUGGGACAAUUUGGAAAAAUUAAAUCAACAAUCUCAGGAUUGGUCAGGUGGAUUAGAAGGUCAACAAUCUCAAAGUCAAUGGCACAACUUAGAGAGUUUGGGUCAAGAAAAACAAAAUCAAUGGAAUAAUUUUGAAAAUUCUGGUCAGCAGACACAGAAUCUGUGGGAUAAAUUUGAGCAGUUAACUCCACAAAAACAAGACAAAUCAAACGAUCAGCAAACUUUUAACACUUGGAACAGGAUAGAAGACCAACAAUCAACAGGAAAUUUUGAAGAAUAUUCACGACAUUUUGAACAUCAGAAUAGUGGAGAUAAUUUAAGUCAAACAAUGUUUUCUCAUAAUAUGCAACCUGUUUGGAAUAAAAUUAACAGUUUAGAGGCACAAAAAAACAUUGAAAGUACUAUGGUGAGCCAUCAACAAGUUAGUUUUAAUCAAGAAACUAAUUGGAAUGGAUAUAAGGGGAAUUUUAAUCAAGUUGUUACAAAACCGCAGGAUGAUCCAUACCAAGAUUUUACCUCAAGCCAAGUCACAGUCACUAAUGAUGAAAAAAAACACACAUUGAGUAACACUGAAUUAAGUCUAUGGGACACAAUUGAUAAGUUAAUAAAAGAAUCUGAAAAAAACAAGGAUACUCUUGACAAUAAACAGCAAUUGGAUUCUAAUACAUCAAAUUUUAAGGUGGGUGAAGGUCAAAGUACAAAUAAUAAUUACCAUAACACACAUUACGAACAUAACUUUAAGCAAUCAAGUGAAACAAUCACAGAUAAGUCUGUCCAAUCAACUGAAUCUAAUAAAAAUAAAGAAACUGAUUCAAAAAAUAAAAUCACACUGGCUAAGUCAAACAAAACGGAAAUAAAUAAAAACGGUGAUAGUACUAAUAGAAAUACAACAAAGCCAAUUGUUAACGAAGUUGGGCGUGGCGAUAUUGGUCCUGAAGAUACACCAGUAGUUUCAAUAGAAACAAGUGGCCAAAAUCAUGAUGAUAAGGUUGAAGAUUUUGUAAGCCCUAUUAAUUCAAAUAAAUUAUAUAAAACACAACAAGAGAUUGAAUCAUUAAGCUUGAAACACACUAAUGAAGACCAAUAUGUUAACAAAUUAAAUGAAGAACCUAUAAUUUUAAGUGUGAUAGGUUUAGAGCACCAGGUUGGAGUAACAAGCACUCCGACUACACCACCAACACUCAAAUAUGUCAAUAAAUAUAAUGAUGAUGAUCAAACAAUAAUCCAAAAAGAAUUCAAUACACCAAGUUUUAAUACUCCAUCGGUUGUCCAAACGGGAGUGCAACCUGAAGUUUUUGAGCAACAACAACAACAUUUCGCACCAACAUUUGUUGAUACUGAACAACAAAUAAGUAAUAUGCAUAAUAGUUUUAUGGAUUUUGGUCAACAACAACAAGUGGAAGUACCUUUUAGUAAAAAUAUGCACCAGGAACUAUACACUCCACAAGAAAUUGGUAAUUCUGACACUGAUUUACAAAGUAUGCAUGAACGAGUUCAAACAAAAGUUCCUCAUGACAAUCACAACAAGGAAUCUUUAAAUGGAAAUCAAAGAAGUAACCAUAAUGUAAAUAAUUUAGAAUCAGUCCCUAAAAACCAAGAUAUGUUAAUAGAACCGAUAGAACCAACUGAAAAACCCGGUUUUUGGAAUUCUGUAUGGAAUAAAACUAAAAAGGCCAAAGAAUCUGUUGUUGCAUGGUUUAAAAGUUGAGAAUUGUUGCAUAUGAAACAAUUGUUUAAAAUGUUAAAAAAUAUAGAAUAAUUGAAAUUUAGAGAGAAAAAUAUCUUAAUACUAUGUAAUGUUCAACAAUUCUACUUACAUCAGGUAAAGAUUGAAAGUAUUUAAUGAAUGCUUGCUGUUGAACUGAAUCUGAAAAGAUAGACAAUAUCAUAUUUAUAAAUUACUUGAUAUUAUAUCAUAUUAAAAUAUAUUUAUAUAAAAAUAAAAACAAGUUUUAUUAUAUUUUAAAUUUUAUGGCAAAGUAUAAUCACAUCAAAUUUUCCAAUUUAGCCAAUUUUUGGUAAUAUUGAACCGUGAAACAUGUUAUUUUUUCUAUUUGUUAAUUUGUGUUAAAUAUUUGCAGUUUUAUUAAUAUAUAUAUUGUAUUACAAUAUAUUUAUUUUUUAACUUCUUAUUUUGUAAUAUUCUUAUAAUACAAAUAAUCUUUCGUUACCAUCACAAGUUAUUACAAACUACGUUUAUUACUAAAGAAAACUAAUUUGAUGUUUUAAACUUUUCCAAAAAAGUAUUUAAAGUUAUUAUUAAUUUGUGCGAAAAUAAAGUAUUUUUCUUUGUAUUAAUUUCAAGAUAUAUAAGUUUUUUUAAGAUAACCGGUUAAAAGAUAAAUUGAACUGAUAAUUCUUUCCACAAUUCAUAUAACUAUACAUCUAUUCUAAAGCAUAAAAUUCUUAUUUUUAACUUAAAAGAUGUGCGGAACAACAACUUUUAAUAGAAAAACAUUAUUCCACUUUACCUAAAUUUAGCGCGUGGAUAGGCUGCAGUGACGACAUUUCAAUAUAUUGGUAAUUUGUUCGCUUAUUAUAGAGAAAGUUUGUUAUAGACAAACAAUAUAUACUAUUAAUAAUAUUUUAAUGUGAGCACUGAGUAUAAAAAUUUAGCGGUAUUUUUAAUUUUGACGAACGCUGUAUUUGUUGACAGUUAAUAGUUUUCUAGUUGCCAUUUAACAUAAAGUUUAUUCUUGCCUGAAUAAAAAAUAAUAAAUAGAAAAUAUAAUAACUAAAUUAAUUAAUGAAAUAAGGCUUAUAUUCAUUUUAUAUAUUAUGUGAUCAUUUAUAAGAAAAAUCAGCUGUAUUUAAAUAGAUGCACUUCUUCGUGUAAGAUUUCUCAGUGAAAUGGAGUUGGUUUUGUAAUGUAAAAAAAUAUUUUGAUAGUGUGAAUAAAAAUGUGAAUAUGUCUAGAAUAAUCGAAAACAUGUAAUAAAUUUGAAUGUAAAAAAUCUUUAUUAUUAAAAGAAUUAUAAAAUA